AUGGAAGACGCGUUUUAUGACACAUCGUGGCUCGUCCACAGUGUGCGAAAGCUCACACCUUCAUUCCUCGCCCUCCUUGCCCCAACAUCGACAGACUCGGAGCGAUCACAACAAACAGACAUACUCUCCAGCCACGCCGAAGGCUUCGCAGAGUCCAUCAGCCGCGACCGCCCGCGCUACGAGUCUGAGGAAGAGAAGGAGAAGCUCGGUCUUUUGAGGCAAUGCAAAUGGACCCAGCUGGGACAAGGAACGUCUGCAGCCGCGCAGACCCCAACGCAUUACAGUGCGGGCAGGAAGCGAAGACGAGACGACGACACUAGUUCCCGUAUUCACGGAAUCUCAAUAAGUCUCAUAUACGAGAAGUCGACCUACAAAUUCAUCAUCUACACCCAUACUACGAGUCUUGCCAUCGCCUCGAAGCGCAACCGGACUGCGCCGUUGAGCGCCGCGUCCGUCGCAGUAGAAGACCAGACUGCAGUCCUCCUCUCCAAGUCAUCGCCCGCGGUCCUGAAGGCGCUUCUUUCCUACCUAUGCGACAAGUUCACGCCGCUACCCGACAUCUACUCUCUGCACCUGCCCUCCAGGUUCAUCCAGGGCACCCUGCAAACCUACCUCUCGGCGAUCUCCUCAUCACUCACGACUUCGUCGUCGUCUUCGUCAGACCUAACGCAAUCGCAGAUGCAGGAUCUCUUCAUCGACGUCAUCAGCAGUGUUAAACUCACAAUAACCUUUUCCGCCCCGGUCGCACCGCACUUGAAAUCGCUUGACGUGGCCGUGGCUCCUUUCGCCGUGCUCAAAGCCAUCCCGGAACCCGGGCUGCCCAACAACAGGGACCACUUCAUGGGCACGAUAGCGAACUUUAUCUGGGCGCACACUGGUCUCAAGCUGCCAGUCGACACCGAGUACACCGCCACGGGCCCCGCGACCCGUGUCGACGAACCUGAACAGGCAAAGCCUGAACCGAUGAAGAUCUCCAGGAUAUCGACCGCCGCCUACGCCAUUUCCUGUGACCAUCGCGUCAAGUUCGUGGCAAGGGCAGUCAACGCGGUCGACGGCCCGGAACAACAGCCACAGGAUAACUGCGUACGGGUUGCGAAUCACGAACUCCUCGUUGCGGUGCUCGACGAGGCGCGCCGACGGGCUCUGCUUGGCUGA